CUCUGUUCCAAAGCCUAUAUCUUUAGCUUCCGCAACCACAUAAACAAAGAGCAAAAUGGAGAGCAUGAGCUUGAGCACGACGACGACCACUAGCACCUCCUACUCCUCCGGCCAGGAGUGCGGCGGCACCCACGUCCUCAUGCUGCCACUGCCGGCGCAGGGCCACACGAACCCGAUGCUCCAGUUCGGCCGCCGUCUCGCGUACCACGGCCUUCGUCCCACGCUCGUCACCACGCGAUACGUUCUAUCCACCGCCCCGGCCCCCGGCGAGCCCUUCCGCGUCGCUGCCAUCUCUGACGGCUUCGACAACGGCGGCAUGGCCUCGUGCCCGGACCCCGUGGAGUACUGCCGUCGGCUUGAGGCCGUGGGGUCCGAGACGCUGGCGCGGGUCAUCGAAGCCGAGGCGCGCGCGGGCAGGCCCGCGGCCGUGCUGGUGUACGACCCGCACAUGUCCUGGGCCCGCCGGGUGGCUCGUGCCGCGGGCGUCCCGACCGCUGCGUUCCUUUCGCAGCCGUGCGCGGUGGACCUGAUCUACGGGGAGGUAUGGGCGGGGCGUGUGCCGCUCCCUAUGACGGACGGGAGCACGCUGCGCCGGCGGCAGGCGAUCAGCGUGGACCUUGGAACAGAGGACCUGCCGCCGUUCGUGACGGCCCCGGCGCUGUACCCGAAGUACCUCGACGUGUCCACCCGGCAGUUCGAAGGCCUUGAGGACGUCAACGACGUGUUCAUCAAUUCAUUCCGAGACCUUGAGCCUCAGGAGGCAGAGUACAUGGAGACGACAUGGCGCGCGAAGACGGUCGGCCCAACCUUGCCGUCUUUCUACGUCGGCGACAACCGCCUGCCGUCCAACAGGACCCACGGCCUCAACUUCUUCAGCAGCAGCGCACCGUCAAUGGAAUGGCUCGAUAAGCAGUCUACAUCCUCGGUUGUUCUUGCAUCCUACGGGACCAUCUACGACCUUGACGCCACCCAGCUAGACGAGCUCGGCAAUGGACUGUGCAAUUCCGGCAAGCCUUUCCUCUGGGUCGUGAGGUCCGGCGAGGCACAGAAGUUAUCCCAAGAGCUCCGUGACAAGUGCAAGGAGAAGGGCCUCAUUGUUUCCUGGUGCCCCCAGCUUGAGGUUUUGGCACAUAAGGCCACAGGUUGUUUCUUGACACACUGCGGAUGGAACUCAACAACGGAGGCGAUUGCUGCUGGUGUGCCAAUGGUGGCGAUGCCACAGUCGGCGGACCAGCCAACCAUAGCAAAAUACGUGGAGAGUGCAUGGGGGAUCGGUUUGCGUAUGCGCCCCGAUGAAAUAGGCCUGCUGAGGAGAGAGGAGGUGGAGAGGUGCAUCAGAGAGGUGAUGGAUGGGGAGAGGAAGGGUGAGUAUACGCGGAAUGCGGCAAAAUGGAUGGAGAAGGCCAAGGAGGCGAUGCAGGAAGGAGGGAGCUCAGACAAGAACAUUGCAGAGUUUGCAGCCAAGUAUUUGUCAAGUUAAAAGCCUAGUUAUGCAAGCUUCAUUUGCUGUUGGUGCUGAUCAUCGACUCUUUCAGCCCUUCCUUGUUCAGGAAAUAAUUGAGUUUGCUUGGGCUCUUCGUCGUCUUGUGUUAGUGUCCAAAGUUUUAUCUUCCUAUUUAUUAGAUGUGGCAGCUGUCCAUAGUUUUAUCUUCCUAUUUAUUAGAUGUGGCGGAGAGCUCUUGACCUUGUUUUGAAAAGUAAUAUUAGAGGCAUGAAUACAAUUUUCUUUCAAUGAAAACCACGAUUAUCAUCACGUUGCACAACUGCAUGAUGAUAAUGAUAGUUUUCCUAUGUCAGAAGAAUGUAAAGACUCAGUAAGUUUACAUGAAAUCAGCAUUGAUGUUUAUUUCAA